GAUCGUGUUCCCACGGGGCGGCCCUAGGCCGGUUCCUGGGAAGUGCGUCAUCCCUGCUGCCCACGGUAAGGGCAGGCGGUGAGUGAUGUCUCAGAGCAGAGCCCCUGCUGAUUUACAGCAGCGGAGGGGAAUGGACUAUUAACUCCCCCUUGCCUGUAAGACUGUAUCCUGCCUUGCAGUCUUGCUUGGAGGUCCUGGCAAAGAAGCAGCUGCAGUUUGGAAGCUUAGAUGCUUGAUCAAGAUGGGGCUCAGCUGGAAGCUCAGAAAGCCACGCAGGACUUCCAGAGGGCCACGGAGGUGCUCCGUGCAGCCAAGGAAACCAUCUCCCUGGCUGAGCAGCGGCUGCUGGAGGAUGACAAACGGCAGUUCGACUCAGCCUGGCAGGAGAUGCUGAAUCACGCCACCCAGAGGAUCAUCCCUGAAGGUCUUGACUGUGGAUUGGGCUUCACAGAGGGACCAGGUUAUUUUCCAGGGCCUGUUCCCACUGAGUUCCAGGCGGAAUGGCUGAGUAUAGAAUCCCAGAUGGAAGACCUUGAUUAACAGCCCCAAACCACGUGGGGCCUGGACUCAGGGUAUGUGUGCUGUUAGCGGGACGGUAGGGGCCAUGAUAGAUGAGACCAGAAUCCAGUGGGCACUCAAGUCUGGCCUUCGGGCUGGGCCAGGCUGGGCCGGGCUGGGCUGGGAUUCAAGCAGCCAGCAUGGGAACGGGAAGUGGGCUGUGUAUGAUCUUUACCCCGAUUUGACUCCUAGGUUUUGUGCCAUUAUCAUUUGGCUUUUUACCAGCUCCCAUGACCUGCUCUCUGACCACAUUGCUCGGAAUCAAGACAGCUGCUUGGCUCAGCUGGAGUUGUUACCUCUACCUAACUCCACUGGGUUCUAGGAGUCACACAGAAUAUUCUUGAUACCUAUCCCCUUCUCCGGGCUGAUUUGCUGCAGGGUGAUUGGGAGAGCUGACACGUGGCUUCGGCAGCUCCCACGAAGGCCUUAGAUGGAGGGGUUGCAACCCCCCAGGUCUUGCCAUCUGUGGGGCUAGAAUAGAAAAGUCAGGAGUUAAUGCCAGCAGCCUCUCCCUUUUCAGUGUCCCCUGCCACAGUGGCUCAAGUCCUAGGGGAUCUGAUAAUUAAAGAUGGCCUUGCGCUUCCCUAAAUAGAAAGCCUGACACACAAAUGACUGAAGUCAAAUCUUUGUACCAUCUUCCCCUGAAGCCUGAGAUACCUGGCCUGGCUCUGUGUGGCUUUGGGCCUCCUGCCCCCUAGUGGACGUGAUGCUCAGUCAAACAUGGGCUGGAAUAGCUUUUCUGGGUCAGCCGGUGAAAAACCAAAGUAGAAGUUGGAAAUUUACAAGCCACAGUUUGACAGAUGUGGAAAUGAACCCCCCCCUCCAAAAAAGUACAUCCUUCCAAGAAAUUGAAGUCCUGCUCUUCCUUUUUGUCCUCCUUCCACCCCAACUGGAGAUCUAAAUCAGCCUUAAGAAAUCAUUUCAGGAACGCCUGGGUGACUCAGUCGUUAAGCGUCUG